AAUUAGCUGCUCUUCUUCAAUUUCAGUUGACCUUGUUGAAUUUAAUCGAAACUGAUUAUGUAAGAUUAUCAUUCUGUAUCAAGAUGUGGGCGCCGCUGGCCUUCGUGCUGGCCACCGUCAGUGUCGUCCGAGGUUUCGCUCAUGAUCAUCGCAAUUGCGACCACCACCAUCCGAAGGACCAUGAGCUCAUCGUGAAUCCUCAUGUACCGGAAAAGCGAGGUCGGAUUGGGAUGGAAAGUGGCUACCGAGGCGAUGCGGGUAGUUAUGAAAUUAACCCGGUAGCGCAUAUUCUUGUGCAAUACGUGCGGCAAGGCGUUAAAAAAGUGAUUCAUGGAGCUUUCAUCGAACCGGAGCAUGUGAUGAGGAAGCGAUCGAUCGAUCAGAAUCUCAGAGUGAAACUUUUUUACGACCACAGCGUUUUUCGGAUCGUUCUCGAAUUUGCUUUCGUACGAUUUCCCGUGCAGAAGGAAGAGGCGGGCAUUGUCCCGGUACAAAGACUGGUGCUGACGUACCAUGACCAACUGACGCUAGUCUUUUGGGACGGCUCAGGACAAAUAUUCGAUGGCGCACAUCUCCAAGCCGGGAUGCAAUCAAGUGCAGCUCCCAGUGAUUCCCAAACGCGUUUUGCGCCAACAACCAACAUCAUACCUUUCCCUGGGAAUGUGCCAGAAACUCGUUCCAAUGUCAAUUCCUUGUUCAGGAACAGCAUGGCGCUGAUCAGAAUCUCACAGCCAUUCGUCUUAGGAUCAGCUGUGAUGAGCAUAAAGAUUGCGACAGACGUGGGUCCUGACUUGCAGUCCAUUCCGUUGGACGGCGUUUACACACACAUUUCUCAAAAUGGAGGCAAGCGCAGUGGACCCAAGGGCAGAAUAAAUGAUCACCAGAGUGCACUCCACUCUCCCCUACAGCGAACAUUGACAACAAACGAUCAACACGCCGCAUUUCUGACGAUCGUAUCUGCACACUUCUCAAACUCAAGCCCUGAACCUCUUUAUUCUGGUUCCAUCAUAUCACCCAGACUGGUGCUGACUUACCAUGACCAACUGACACAAGUCUUUUGGGAUGGCUCAGGACAAAUAUUCGAUGGCGCACAUCUCCAAGCCGGAAUGCAAUCAAGUGCAGCUCCCAGUGAUUCCCAAACCCGUUUUGCACCAAUAACCAACAUCAUACCUUUCCCUGAAUAUGUGCCAGAAACUCGUUCCAAUGUCAAUUCCUUGUUUAGGAACAGCAUGGCGCUGAUCGAAAUCUCACAGCCAUUCGUCUUAGGAUCAGCUGUGAUGAGCAUAAAAAUUGCAACAGAU